AUCCACAAACAACUCGAAAGGGUAGUGAAUUUGUCCACAGUGUACCGUUAAGUUUUUGAAAAAUUUCAAAAAGCAUUUUCCCAAAAUAUGGGUCAAAAUAAGGUUUAUCGGCAAAAAUCAUUCCAUUAGCUCAAACACAGAGAAAGUUGUUGCCAAAAUAAGACUCAACUUUACCCCCUAGUGGACGAAAACGUCCCUAACAACGCAUUAGGGUUAACUCCGUAAAUAUAUUGUUCUCUUCAAGCCGGACAACUUUCUAAUCUAUAGUCAUUAGCUAUGACCGACAGGAAGUUGGCUAUUUUGAUUUGCAUGCAGAUUUUUGGAAGAAUAUGGCUGUAUGAAUAAUCAAUACUACUCGUAUGAAAAUCAUGGAAUUCACACCAGAAUAUGUCAACGUGAUUACACAAACCUACACAAACCUAAACUGCAAACAAAUUUUUUAUAUCUUGAACAGUGUUGCCAGGGCGAUUUAUUAAAGUAACAGUAAAAGAAAAAUAGAAAGAGAAUCUCUAUUACAAUUUUGGUUUAAAAGUCAUUUAUUUCUGUGAUUUUGUCUGUAAUACUAGCUGUAAUGCAGGUGAAUCUAUUUUACAAAUGCUUAUAGAUCCUUAAAAUCAUUUAAAAAUGAUUAUAAAUAAAGGUUUUGGUUACACUUUUCAAUAAGCUCUCAUUUGUUAACAUUAGAUAAUGCAUUAACUAACAAUGAAAAAUAAAAAAAGAAAGAAAUCUUUGUGUGUGUGAGUGAGUGUGUGCACAGUUUUCCUGAUGCCACCAGGGAGGCUUCUCCACUGAUGGCUUGGGCCCGCCAUCACUGCGUGAAGCUACAUUUUAAAUCGCAUGGAGGGCAUGUUGAGCAGCUUCCAGAGCGACCUGUCGUCCAUCAGCAGUGAGAUCCAGACGCUCCAGCAGCAGUCGGUCAGCAUGAACCUGAGGCUGAAGAACCGGCAGGCCGUGCGCAGUCAUCUCAGCCAGCUGGUGGAUGAGCUGGUCGUCCCCAGCACCAUGAUCUCUGUGAUUCUGGACAGUCCUGUGACGGAGCAGGAGUUUCUGGAGCAGCUUCACGAGCUCAACAGCAAGAUCAACUAUGCUAAAGAGCUCAGCUUCAGAGAAACCCUCGCCUGCUCCGACGUACAGGACAUCGUAGAUCGCCUCAAAGUUAAAGCCGUCUCAAAGAUCCGGGAGUUCAUCCUGCAGAAGAUCUACUCCUUCAGAAAGCCCAUGACCAACUACCAGAUCCCUCAGAACACGCUGCUGAAGUACAGGUUUUUCUAUCAGUUCCUGUUAGCCAAUGAGAGGACAGUCGCUAAGGAGGUCCGGGACGAGUACGUGGACACCAUGAGCAAGAUCUACCUCAGUUACUUUAAGUCCUACAGCAGCAGACUGCUGAAAGUGCAGUAUGAAGAUGUUGCAGACAAGGAUGAUCUGAUGGGGGUGGAGGACACAGCCAAGAAAGGCUUUUUCUCCAAGCCUUCUCUCAAGAGUAGGAACACAAUCUUCACUCUCGGCCAGAGGGGGGCAGUCUUGAGUCCUGGGGAGCUGGAGGGGCCCAUACUGAUCCCACACGCCGCUCAGAGAGGAGACUCCAGAUACCCGUAUGAAACGCUCUUCCGCAGUCAGCACUACGCUCUGCUGGACAACGGCUGUCGAGAGUUCCUCUUCCUGUCCGACUUCUUUAUGGUGGCCGGAAACUCUGCUCUGGAUUUGUUCAACAGCAUUAUGGGAAAGACACUCAGCAUGUUCCUGAAGAGUCUGUCCACGUACCUGUCAGACUGUUACGACAGUAUUGCUGUGUUUCUCUGCAUUCACAUCAUCCUGCGCUUCAGAGCCGUCACAGUCAAGAGGAACAUCCCCGCGCUCCACAAGUACUGGGAGGCUGUGCUGGAGCUGCUGUGGCCCAGAUUCGAGCUGAUUUUAGAGAUGAACAUCCAGAGCAUUCGAAACACUGAUCCUCAGAAACUGGGUGUGCUGGACACCAGACCGCACUAUAUCACACGCCGCUAUGCUGAAUUCUCCUCUGCUGUGGUCAGUAUAAACCAAACCUUCCCCAACGAGAGGACCAAUGCUCUUCUGGGACAGCUGCAGGUGGAGGUGGAGAACUUUGUGCUGAAGAUGGCGGCUGAGUUUCCCUCUAGACGAGACCAGCUCAUCUUCCUCAUCAACAACUACGACAUGAUGCUCGGCGUGCUCACGGAGAGAGCGGCGGACGACAGUAAGGAGGUGGAGGGCUUCCAGCAGCUGCUGUUGGCCAGAACACAGGAGUUCAUAGAGGAAAUUCUCUCUCCUCCGUUCGGAGGGAUGAUUGCGUUCGUGAAGGAGAGCGAGGCACUAAUGGAGAAAGGGCAGCUGGACAAGCUCCGAAACGAUGAAGCUCGUAUCACGCAGCUGGUGCGGGGCUUCUCCAGCUCGUGGAAGCAGUCUGUGGAGGCCUUGAGUCAAGACGUCAUGCGCUCCUUCACCAACUUCAAGAACGGAACCAGCAUCAUUCAGGGAGCGCUGACCCAGCUCAUCCAGUACUAUCAUGGUUUCCACAAGGUCCUCUCGCAGCCCACCUUCCGCAGUCUGGCAGUGCGCUCCGAGCUCAUAAACCUCCAUCAUCUGAUGGUGGAAGUCAAGAAACACAAGCCAAACUUCUGAAGCUGAGAAUCUGUGCACGCUGUCAGAGAACAUCAGACAGUUUCCUGAUGAACAAAACUAGGGACUGUAUGAAAUGAAGAAAAUCUGUUCUCAGUUGAGUGGCAUUAGUCUUGUUAUUAUCCACUUCUGGAUAACACUGGAAAUGAUCUCACAAUCUAAACCUGUUUUUCUUAUCAGGUAAAAGUAGCUUAGAAAUGUUUGUUUCUUCUGAAAACAUUAAAAGUAUGAUAUUUUGUAGUGAAGGUUUAUUUUCUGUUUAUUUGGAGCACUACUCUUUUUAUUUGGUCAGUCUUUUGUUUUUGCUUGCUGGAUAUCGGCUCUUUUUUCAUUAGAUGCAUUUGUAAUUUCAUAUUUAAUAUGAUUUGAUUUCUUUCAAUGUUUUCUCUGUAAAUUCAGUUGCAGCUUCUCUAAGUGUUUUUUGUGUAUGAACUGGUGUCUUUUGGUUUUUCACACACAUCUCUGAACGUGUGCACUGUUGCUGUAUUUAAGUUAUAACAAAGAAAAGCAUUCCAUGUCUUGAAAUAAAAGAUAUCAGAUUGAAAGUCCCUGAAAA